AAGAUGACUUUAACGGAUGACUAUAACUCUGCAUAAAACAAUUGAAAAGUUUCAAAGACAUUAUUGAAUACUAAAAAGUGGCUGAAACGUGACGAAUAAUCUAUAAGCAAUGCCCCCUUUAACGGAAAGAAGAUGUGGAACUCCUCAGAAGCAGUUAAUCUGCAACCCAAACCAACAUUCGACUACAUUUCGCUUUGCCCUUCCAGCGCGCUCAACUUUUGUCAACAAAGACAAGCGCACAACAGACGUGGUCCUGAGAGCCAGUGAUCGAAACGCUCCUUCAGCUCACGAAUUUCGGUGCAAGGUGUUGAGAGGAUGGAAGCAGAAGUAUGAGGUACUGUUGGGUCUCGUGAAGGAGCCCGUGCGUUUGCUGCCGGAGUCGCUGACGCAGGAGGCGGCCAUGCUGCGCGCCAAGCGUCAGGGCUUCGCCAUCGAGCGAGCGCUGGUGCAGGCCAACAUAGACGCCUGGGAGAACACGGGCUGUGCCAAGACCGUGCGCCGCUUCAAAGACAGACCCGAGAACAUCCGUUCGCUCUACGAGCAAGUGGCAAACUUGGACUGCAUGCUGACCUCGCUCGAGACUCAGAUCGAAGUCAUCACUUCGGUCCACUCCAGCCUCCCGAAAGAAUUCCACGACACAUUCCACGAUUCCGGCACCAGCGGUCAUGAGCCGGACUCCUUGGAGGCGAUCCACACUCUUGUGGGCCGGGGGCCUUCAGGCUCCCCACCGCUGGCCAAACCUCUUCUCCAGCGUCGGAGCUCUGCAAGGCAGCAGCCCAAAGACGUCGUGUCUGACAAUACAGAUCUUGACGAAGGCAGAGGCUCUUCCACCAGCAGCAGCAACGGCAGCAGCUCAGGGGGUGGCGGCACAAGAGGGGUGUCCGAAGCCGGCGUUUUGCUCCAUCUCGAGAGAUGUGCUCACAGACAAACUCGUCGAGCGCUACAAGAGCUCAAAGAAAAGUAUGAAGCUGUGUUGGAUGAACAAAAGCAGCUCCAUCAUCAGCCUUCCAGAACACGGCUGGCGGGCAGCGUGCUGGAGUCGCUCCAGAACGAGCUGGAUGCUGGCCUAACAUCGCUGGAGUCUUUGAGUUCAGUGGCCUCCACGGACCGACUAAUUGAUGAGCUCAAGUUACGUGAGAUGACUAUAAGUCAGCUGAGGGUGCGAGUGCUGCAGCUCGAGAAGGACCGGAUGGACAAAGUUCCUGUAGACGCUGCACGGGAAAUCAAUCGUCUUAAUGUCCAGUUGAUUCAUCUAGAAAGAGCUCGAGACGAGUUAACCCUUCAAAACUUUACCCUCAAGUCCCGCUUGUCUCAAGUUGCCAACAACAUCAACGAUCCCGCGGCCACGUAUCAAAUCAACAAGGAUGGUCCGUUAAGUGUCAAAGAAACCAAUAAGUCUAGUGAGAAUAAUAAUUUAAAUGAUGUAGGCAAAGAAACGAGCGUUGAUGAUCCCGAUGUUGUUAAAAUACUAAGGAAAUCUACUUAUAAGGUUACGGAAGAAUCUCAGAUAAUGAGACAACUCUGUAAGGAAUAUGAAGCCAAAGAAUUAGAGUACAAAAAGAAAAUAGAAGCUUUAGAAUUGGAGUUAAGAAACGUGCAGCACAGCACCUGUGAGAAGCACGAGAAGAGCAUAAGAGACCUGGAGGCGUUCUUAGAGAAGCAGCAACAGAAAGUGGAGAGUAUGGAGCGCUUCUUGGAGGAGAAGGAAGAAGAGUGCAACAUGUUGAAGCUGGAUGUUGAUACGGUCACUGAAGAGAACGCAAAGCUCCAGAAAACUCUAAAGCAACUCACAGAUGAAAAGCAGGAGCAAGAAGCGCUAGUUACAACACAUCGCCGAACUGAAGACACACUCAAAAAACUAAUGGAGGAAAACCGAGUCCUAGCAGAAGACUUCAACAGAGAACGGGUUUUGAGGAAGAAAUAUUAUAACCAGAUCGAGGACAUGAAAGGAAAAAUCCGCGUUUUCUGCCGAUUACGUCCACCUACGGAGCUGGAGAGACGACGUGGAAGCGAAGACGUCACACAAGUCGAGGAUCAGUUCUCCCUCGGCGUGAACUCCACCAGAGGCUACAAGAGCUUCGUGUUCGACAGGGUCUUCAAGCCGCACGAAUCUCAGGAAGCGGUCUUCCAAGACACUAACGCACUAAUUCAGUCAGCCAUGGAUGGGUACAACACUACCAUCAUGGCUUACGGCCAGACAGGCUCGGGCAAGACCUAUACGAUGAUCGGCGAGGCGGGAUCUCCUGGCAUCGCUCCGCGGGCCUUCAACCGCCUGUUCGAGUUGGCAGAAGAAGGGCGUGCGCGACAAGAGGUUCAGAUCCACUGCUACAUGCUUGAGCUCUACAACGACAAGCUCAUCGACCUCCUCAGGGGCAACUCACACAUUGAGCCCGAAAAACUUGAGGUGAAGCGGGACAAGCGAGGUAGCGUGCAUGUUCAAGGCGCCCUCGUGCGCCACGUGAACACGGCUCAGCAUCUCCAUGAAGUUUUUGAGGAGGGCCUAAGUAACCGGCACACCUCCUCGACCAACAUGAAUGCUGAGUCAUCAAGGUCACAUCUUCUCAUCGUUAUCACCGUGACUGUCACGUCAAAGCAGAAUGGCUCAGUGCUGCGCGGCAAGCUGACGCUGGUGGAUCUUGCGGGUAGCGAGCGCACGCACAAGAGCGGCGCGGCCGCCGAGACGCUCAAGGAAGCAAACUCCAUCAACAAGAGCUUGUCGGCCCUCGGUGACGUCAUCGCUGCACUCUCGUCGGAAGCGUCAUUUGUGCCUUACAGGAACAGCAAAUUGACGAUGCUGCUACAGGACAGCCUAGGAGGCAACGCUAAGACUCUAGUGUUUGUUAACAUUUCUCCUGCUCUUUAUAACGUCGAAGAAUCCGUCGUUUCUUUGAUGUACGCGUCUCGCAUCAAGCAGAUCACCAACACGGCUUGCAAGAACGCCGACACUCGCGAGAUCACAAGAUUAAAAACGAUAAUCAGCAAACUCAAGCGAGGUGAAGAUCCCGGCGACGAUUCUCUCCUCACCGUCGUCUGCUGAGAUUACAGCUCCACGAUAUUCGCCAGUCGCCGUGAAAAUUCAACUAUUAUAUAUUUUUCAAAUUUCUUUCAGUUCAAUUUCUAUAUUUUCAGUUUUUGCUGUAAAACGUUUUCCAAUUUCUUUCAGUUCAAUUUCUAUAUUUUCAGUUUCUGCCGUAAAACGUUUUCCAAUUUCUUUCAGUUCAAUUUCUAUAUUUUCAGUUUUUGCUGUAAAACGUUUUACCAUUCUUUAUUUGUUAGAAUUUCUAUUUUCUUCUUUAAUUUGGUCAUGUUUUCAUUUACUUUUAUACGGAUAUGGAAUAAAAUUUCUUGGCGAUUCCGAGUGAAACUUGUGAAGGGCAUUGUAAACUUCUGAUAUUUUUACACUCUGAAAUUGUAUGCUACGCACCACCGUAAUCGUGGCCUCUCAGCCUUAAUUUGUGUUGCUGGCCCAUUGCUUACCAAUCCACCUAUUUGACAUUUAAUUGCUCUCUAAUAUAAUCAGGGUGUAAAUGGCAUGUUUACUUUGCUCACAUGCUCAUCAUCAAAUUAUGGCUGUGCUUUCAACUAUUUAGGCAACGGUAUACUUCUUGCUUAAUUUGUGACCUAAGCAAGGUAAUGAUAUAAGUGCUCGGAAAAUUUAACUGUGACACUAUAAUUUCUGAAGAGGAACCAUGAUUGAACUAGUAUAAGGUUGACCCAUCAGAAGCUCAUUUUUUCGGAUGUAGU